CCAACCUAGUAAUUUUGCUUUUAGAGCUGCCACGACGACGAUUUAAUUGUUUUAAGCUCUUUUCAUAUUGUUUCUCAGUAUCAGUAAUUUUGCAAAUCAAAAAUGUAUCAAAACGAAAUCAAAAACGAAGUUAUGACGAAACAAAAACGAAAGUUGAUCAAAAUUAAUAUUUACGAAUUAUAUCAGGUUUGAACUCCGGGUAGACAGGAACAUGUUGAGGGGGUUGAUAUGCGGACUGUAUUUACGAAUGAUUAAGAACAAACGAUUACUAAUUAACAAUUUAUUAACGAAACGAUGAAUGACGCCAUAUGAAGACGUCCGACUAUAUCAAAACAAAAAACAAUAAGAGCUCUUCUUUCCGCCAAAUUAAAAGAUAAACGAAGCCAAAGCCGAGAGAGGCACCAACACCUGGUCUAAAUAUCAUCUGAUAUAAGACCAAUAUAUGGUGUACCAACUGUACGAUCCCUCUUUGGCGGUUCAAAGAUAUCAAAGAAGCCAUAUUCGACUCUGGUUGCUUAGGACCAACUGUACGGUCCCGUGAUAGCUCAAUAGUUGAAAUUGAAGGAACUGUGGACUGUAUAAUAAUUAACAAAUAUUUAUUUAACAAAGGUAAUAGAUUAGUUCACCCAUGAACUUACAUUAGAGAGCCACCAUACGCUCUUAACAAUUCAAUCAUCAAGAACAAGAGUGAGUAGUUUAAAGGGUUGCAUUAUGAUGAAAGAUGGCUGGCGACAUACAAUCUCAUUAAACAGUAAUUCAACACCAGACAUAUGGUAAAAUAAAAAUGUGCACAACCUGCCCUAAAUAAAGAAACCUGCCCAGCACAGCAGCUGAUGACAUCCUGUCAAUCAGAGGAAAAACUUGUCUAAUAUGGUAUGUGAUUGCCUCGAACAGCUAUACAACUCUUGCAUUGGUGUUUCAUACAUUUUCUCAGAAUUCUUAUCGAUCCGUGUGAAAACUAUAGCCAUUCUUGCAUCAAGGCACCAUUCAGUUCAUAGAUGGUCCUAGGAGCUGAUCUUCAAGCUGUAGUGAUUGUCCAAAGAUGUCCCAUAUGGGUUUAGGUCAAGGGGCAUCUAUGCCACUCCAAUUGGAGGUAUUCUUCACCCAACUGAGCCCUGUGUGGAUAGGCAUUAUUGUUCAUAAAGAUGAAAUUUGGUCCAAAUUCUCUGUGGAAAAGUCUCACGUAGGAUGUAAGGAUCUGGUCCCUGUACCACUUACGCCCGUAUUCACCAUUAAUCCUAAUCCUCGGUCAGAGUUCAAAACAGGUUUUGUGCGAACAACUCCUGGUUAGAGUUAAAAAUCUCAUUCCUCCGUACACGUAACUGCGAGUUAAUUUAACGCAGAGUUAAGUAACUUUAACCUGAAGAUAUUCCUGGUCUGCAUAAACGCGCGUGCGCAGUAAACGAGUGUUUGUUUACUUCGUUUUCUUCGCCGGCGCUAUUUUUGUCUGUUUUAUUUUGUUUUUAUACUUAGAGUAUUUUUUUUUUAUAAUGGAGGAUUAUUCUUUAAUUCAAGAAUUAGAAUUCUUAGAAAAACUUGAGGAUCAAAAACAAAGAGAUGUUGGAAAUAUUCGAAUUUGCCCAUUUGAUGAGUUGGACGAGACGAGUUUCAAAAAAAGAUUUCACCUGGAUAAGGAAAGUGUUUCCUCUUUAUUAGCAAUUAUAGGCAAAGAAUUAUAACAGUCAUCGACCUUAAAUAAUGCCAUAUCGCCUCUAGAACAAUUACUUAUUGCACUCCGGUACUAUGCUACCGGAAGUUUUCAGCUUCUUCUCAGAGAUUGUUUUCGGGUAAGCCAGUCUACAAUAUGUCGAGUCAUACACAGAGUUAGCAAAGUCCUUGCUUCUCUGUGUAAGGAAUUCAUUUUCUUCCCAAAGACCAAAGAAGAAUGUGCAGAGGUGUCUCAAAAGUUUUUCAACAUAGCUGUCUUUCCUGGAAUGCUAGGAGCAAUAGAUUGUUCACAUAUGAGAAUUCUCUCUCCUGGUGAAGAAGAUGCAGAAAGGUUCCGGUGUCGGAAGGAUUUUUUCUUGCUUAAGGUACAGACAGUCUGCGAUGCAGACUUGUCGAUCAGAAAUGUUGUGGCUCGGUGGCCUGGAUCUGUGCAUGACAGCAAAAUUUUCAGUAACAGUGCUGUCUGUCUAGAUCUACAGACGAAUCUGAUCUAUAAAAACUAUCAUCUCUUAGGCGAUAAUGGUUGUGGCUGCCAGCCUUUUUUAAUGACACCUGUGUUGGGACCAAAUUCACCUGCACAAUUGAGCUACUGUAAACAGCCUUCUAAACAAUGUUGCUCUAUAAAGAAAGUUGUUAUAGUUGGGGGAAGAUAUAACAAGGCACAUAUAUUGACACGAAAUACUGUGGAGCGAAGCUAUGGCAUUUUAAAAAGAAGAUUCCCUUGCCUCAGCCUGGGCAUGUCAUGCCACAUUGAUAAUGUUUCAGCUAUAAUAGUUGCAUGUUGUGUACUUCAUAACAUUGCUUUAAAUUUAGGUGAUGAAGAGCCACCUAUGGACCUAGAGAUGGAAAAAUUGCUAAAGCAAAGAUUCCAGAAAAUCAAGAAAUUAUUACUGGACGUUCUGCUGGAUUUGCGAAAUGAAAUACUACUGUUAGUAAUCCACAAUAUCCUUCAUUUUUGGAUCAUGCUAUUAAACUUUUCAUCAGAAUUUUAGGAGAUGGAGAACCACAAUUUAUUGCAGAAAAAACCACCCAUGUUUCAUUACAAGUUAAUGACAGUUUAUUUGAAAUAAAUGACUUCCUAACCAAUACAUAGACGUUGAACACUAGAAAUAUCAUGUUCAAUGCGGAGGAACAUAAAAGGCUUGAUGGCCUGCAGAGAACACUUUUGCCGAACAGAAAAAUAUUUCUAUUACAUAUGAGCACGAUGAACUACAUCAAGUUAUGAGUUUUUAACUGACAGCUGGCAUAAUCAUGCUGUAAUGAGAUAAAUAUAUUGUGCACAGCAAAAAAUAACACUUUCAUUCUUUUAUUCAAACACUAAGUAGAACGUAAUUUAUACUUGAACCAUUGUUUUUAUCACUUUUCCUUAAUAAUACUUAGUUUUAUGUAUGUCACGAUCCGAAUUUCUUUAAAUCUUGCCAAAGACGAGAAAUACCAAUGAAAACUCACUAAAUAAAAUGAUUAAUUAUGCGAUUUAACAAAACAAAAAAACAAUCACGCACAUUUGGAAAACAAAAACCUCUUGACUUUCUAAAUGAAGACUGAAACUUGAAGCACAUCUUAAAAGAGCAGCACUUCAUCAACUUUGAAAUAAACACAGGAACAAUGAAUGAUAUGUAAAACUCAAAAGAUUGCAAAUCGAACAUGGAUGAACAAUGUAAAAGAACUUCAACUUCGUCAGUGUCAUCUAACUGAGGAGGAUAUGCCCUUUUGCAAGGGCUUAUAUGAUGUCUGCACCAUCACAUUUGCAAGAAUUUUAGUGACAGCUGCAUUUAUAUAACAAACAUUUCUACUUCUACAAGUUCUUUGACCAUUUCAGUCAUUAGAAGUUUAUGACUGUGUCAAUAUUGUUUACAUAGUUCUUUUUCACGUGGAAUGAAAGAAGAAAUCUACACUUUUUUUUUAUUUACUACAAUGGGACAUAUUGUGACUUUAAUUCAUUUGACUUAUUUAACCAUCCAACUUUCAGACUUAUCUUCUCAUUAUAGGAUGCAGCAACUAGCUGAGCAGCAAUUACUUGAUCGAUCUUUUGACUUCUGCCGCUGAUCUAAACAUAAAAAUUUAAAUGUUAGAUA